AUGGCUCUUCUCGUGAAACGUCGGAAAGUAUACGAGCCGAGCGCCGAUUAUAAUUCGUUCGAAUUUGCUACGCUUUUUUCUCAUUCGGACGAAGCCGGCCCGGUCGUGCCCGCUUCCCUCGCCUCGACUGCUCGAGUACUCGACGAAUGGUGUCCGCGGCGGGCGCUGGCGCUGGCGCUGAAAAGCCGAACAAAAAUGUCGUCGUCGUCGAAACGCGGCGUUCGCCUUCUCAUAGG